AUGUGCAUACCAUUUUAAUCGAUUGCACCACCUACUUAAGGAACGAAAAAAGCAGUUUAGAUGUUGUAAAUUUUAGGUGUAAGUGAAUUUGUUGUUGGGUUGAUUAAAUUAUUUGUUUUGCAAUAAAUAGCAGGCUUUUAUGAUUUCUUUACUAUCUUCAUACAUAUAUGGCAUGGGCAUAAUUAAAUUAUUGUUAUUGGGUAAUUGCUGUGUUUUACUUCUUAUAAAAUGUAUUGA